AUAACACACACUGCAAUGUCAUUCAGCAGCACGCGGACACGGCACGAGAGCGCAUCAUCUGCUGCAUGCGCUGACUCCCUCAGCAUCAGCACCAGCAGCAGCAUCACACGCAGGGGGGCGGUGAUGAUGCUGCUGGUGCUGAUGCUGCUGCUGCUGCUUCUGGUCCAUCCUCUUCCUCCUCCUCCUCCUCCUCCUCCUCCUCCUCCUCUUGCUCUCCGCCGUCCCGUCGCCAGGAUGGACAAGACGCUCUGCAGUCCGCAUCCCGUGACCAACAACAAAACCAACUCUUCCUCCUCCUCAUCAUCAUCAUCGACGACGAGGAAGGGGUCGCACAGCCCCGGCUCCGGCUCCCUCUCCCUGGCUGCAGCUGGAGCUGGAGCUGGAGCUGGAGCUGGAGCUGGAGCUGCAGCUGGAGCUGGAGCUGGAGCUGGAGGAGGCACUAUCCGUGGAGCUGUGUGCAUGAACAGCAGCAUGAAUCUGCAGCAGCCACGCAAGAGACAGCAGGAAGGAGUGCUGAGCAAAUACACCAAUCUGAUCCAGGGCUGGCAGAACAGGUACUUUGUGUUGGAUCCAGAACUGGGACAGCUGCAGUACUUUGUCAACGAGCAGGGGAAGAGCCAGAAGCCCCGCGGGUCCCUGCCCCUGAUCGGCGCCUCGGUAACCCCGAGCGACGAGGCUCCGCACAUGUUCGUUGUAAACUCCGUCAAUGGAGAGCUGUACAAACUCAGAGCCUCCGACGCCAAGGAGCAGCAGUUCUGGAUCAGUCAGCUCCAAGCGUGUGCCAGACGCCACUCUGACAGCAGUGCCAAGGUGAGGAAGCUGAAGGGCUCCGAUGAACACCUGAGCGUGGAAAGAGCAGGAGGAGGCCAGGAGGUGCUGGGCUCCUCCGCUGGCCGGACCCGUAGCUUCUCCCUCCUCCCCCACCUAACCCCAUCUUCAUCCCCGGGUUCUCAGAGGCACCUGAGCCAUGCGGCCUCGCCCAGCAACAUCGUCACCAUCACCCACCACAAAUCUCCGGCUGCAGCUCGGCGGGCCAAGAGUCUGUACCCGGGACGGCUGCUGGAGGUCAAAGAGGUGAUGUGCCAAGCAGAGGGCCAACAGAAGAACCUGGUCCAGUCCAUCGACGCUCUGCCCACCAGAGGCCCUCUCUCCUGUCUGGACCAGGACCUACUGCUGCUCAAAGCCACGUCGGCCGCCACGCUCAGCUGCCUGGGAGAGUGCCUGAACAUCCUCCAACAGAGCCAGAGCCACAGCCAGGCGCCACCUCAGUCCCAGUGCAACUACGCCGCCCACGGAGCCCCCUCCGAUGGUGUUCCUGUGUGGACUGUACCAAAGUCGCCCUCAGGGGAGCAGUUGAAGAACGGAGGUCCGACUCCUCUACGAUCAGCCGAGCCCUCCCCGGCCUUCAGGAAAAGGAGUCUGUCCCAUGGUGCUGAGCACCACCAAGGGCUAGAAGACAUCAGCCCCACUGAAGAGGUGACGGAUACGGAGGAUAACGAAGAGGAGGACCUGGGUGUCCUGGACGACCAGCGGAGCAUCAUUCUCCACCUGCUCUCCCAGCUCAAACUGGGCAUGGACCUCACACGGGUGGUGUUGCCUACUUUCAUUUUGGAAAAGCGAUCACUACUGGAGAUGUACGCCAACUUCAUGGCCCACCCUGACAUGUUCCUGUCAAUCACAGCUGGGGCGACAGCCGAGGACCGAAUAGUCCGUUUCGUCGAGUACUACCUGACCGCCUUCCACGAGGGGCGGAAAGGCGCCGUGGCCAAGAAGCCCUACAACCCCGUGCUGGGGGAGACCUUCCACUGUUCCUGGGAAGUGCCUCGGGACAAAGUCAAACCUUUGGUCAGAUCGAACCAGGGGUCCUCCUGGGAGUCAAGCAGGAGCCCCAACAACACGCAGCAGGGCGACGAUUCACCAGGACCAGGACCAGGAGGCUGCUACAGGGUCCGGUUUGUGGCCGAGCAGGUGUCCCAUCAUCCGCCGGUGUCUGGGUUUUACUGUGAGUGCCGGGAGAAGAGCAUGUGCGUCAACGCCCACGUGUGGACCAAGAGCAAGUUCAUGGGGAUGUCUAUAGGAGUGUCCAUGGUGGGAGAAGGUGUCCUUUGUCUACUGGAGCACGACGAGGAGUACGUCUUCACGUUGCCCUGUGCCUACGCCCGCUCCAUCCUCACCGUGCCCUGGGUGGAGCUGGGGGGCAAAGUCUCCAUCAACUGUGUCAAAAGCGGCUACUCUGCCACCGUCACCUUUCACACCAAGCCUUUCUAUGGAGGGAAAGUACACAGAGUGACGGCAGAGGUCAAACACAACCCAACCAACACCAUUGUGUGCAAAGCUCAGGGCGAGUGGAACGGCACGCUGGAGUUCACUUACAGCAGCGGGGAAACCAAAGUGAUCGACACGGCCAAACUGCCAGUCACCAGGAAGAAGCUGCGGCCUGUGGAGAAACAGGGGAGGACAGAAUCCAGGCGGUUAUGGCAACAUGUCACCAAGUCGCUGAAGGAAGGGAACAUCGAUGAGGCCACGGAGCACAAACACAGGCUGGAGGAGCGACAGAGAGGAGAACAGAGGCAGAGAUCAGCUGAUAACAAACCCUGGACACCCAAAUACUUCACUAAAGAGGGAGAAGGUUGGAUCUACAACAGCCCACUGUGGAAGUCCACCUGACAGCAGAACAGCACUCUCCUCUGAUGGACAAUAACGGAGAUCCUUCCUCUCCACACUGGAGGUCAGAGGUCAGGAGGUCAAGCGAAGAGAGCCGAGUCCUCCGGAGAACCUUCAGACCUGAGCUACAGACUCACAGAGCGACACUGUGGAGAUACAAAACAGGAAAUCAAGCAAAGGUGCCAAAGCGAUCUCCACUGUUAUAACCCAGAUGGUGGUUGGAGCUCUUGGGGACAAAAAGUACAUUUUUAUAUACAGUUAAUAGUAUUACUAUUCAAAGUAGAGUAUUUCUAUUUUUCACCUUGCCAAGGCCUUUUUUGCACACGCACAGUAAUGAAGUUUGCCACUGGUGUUUAUUUGUUUUUAUAAUCAAUACGUUUUUCUCAGACAUUGUCAAUGUUUGGUUCCAAGCUUUUAGUUUGUAACGCAGCGUUAGAAUGAAUCGAUAGACGUUCCCUGUAACACAUUAUACUGUAGCUGUAAAUGAGUUGUUUAUAAAAGCACUUUUACCAUA